ACAUUGGUGCCCCCCCCCUCCUCCUACGCUCCCGUGUAGCCUUCCCGCUUCUGCGCAGCUCGACCCGGCCGCAGCCAUCCAGCCUGCCCCCUUGUGUGUCUGAUUGCCCCUUGUGAGCAGCAUGUCUGAAUACGGCGGUGUGCCGACGAACGGAGUCAAUGCUGGGAUGAAAAAUGAUGCUUUUGCCGACGCUGUACAACGAGCCAGACAGAUUGCAGCUAAGAUCGGUGGAGACGGUGUCCCCUCAGGGAGCAACAACGGAGGAGCUGAGAGUUAUCCAUUCACACCACAAAAACGAUCCUUGGAAGAAGCAGAUGAACCCGAUGCCAAGAAGGUAGCAUCACAGGGUGAAAGAGAUUCUUCAUUGUCUAUUGGCGCUCAGCUCGCUGCUCUGUCCCAACAAAGUGUCAGGCCCUCUACAAUGACUGAAGAGUGCAACGUGCCGGAUGCCAUGGUCGGCCUCAUCAUUGGUCGAGGAGGUGAACAGAUCAACAAAAUACAACAGGAUUCUGGCUGCAAGGUCCAGAUUGCUCAUGACAGUGCAGGACUAUCCGAAAGAACUGUUUCUCUGACAGGGUCACCAGAUGCCAUAGGGAGAGCCAAGGCCCUCAUAGAUGACAUAGUGUCCAGAGGUCACGAGUCGACCAAUGGUCAGGCGGGUUCGAUGCAGGAGAUGAUCAUCCCUGCCGGCAAGGCUGGCCUCAUCAUAGGCAAAGGAGGAGAGACCAUCAGACAGCUACAGGAGCGAGCUGGAGUUAAAAUGAUACUUAUUCAAGAUGGAUCUCAGCCACCAAACGUAGACAAGCCGCUACGCAUCAUUGGAGACCCCUACAAAGUGCAGCAAGCAAAAGACAUGGUCAAUGAGAUUCUACGAGAGAGGGAUCAUGCUGGUUUUGGAGAGAGGAGUGAAUACGGAUCAAGGAUGGGAGGCGGCGGUGGUGGCGGAGGAGGAGGAGGAGGAGGAGGUGGUGGCGGCAUUGGAGGUGGUGGUGGUGGCGGCGGCGGUGGUGGCGGCAUCGAGAUAGCCGUGCCCCGCCACUCAGUGGGAGUUGUGAUUGGUCGAAAUGGGGAGAUGAUAAAGAAGAUCCAGGGGGAUGCUGGAGUGAAGAUACAGUUUAAACCAGAUGAUGGUACUGGUCCUGAAAAAAUUGCCCAUAUUAUGGGUCCGCCAGACCAGUGUCAGCAUGCUGCAUCGGUCAUCACUGACCUGCUACAGAGCAUCCGUGCCAGAGAGGAGGGUGGACAGGGGGGCCCCCCAGGUCCUGGUGCAGGUAUGCCGCCUGGUGGUCGAGGGCGGGGUAGGGGCCAGGGUAACUGGGGUCCUCCUGGUGGAGAGAUGACCUUCUCUAUUCCGGCUCACAAAUGUGGGCUUGUCAUUGGCAGAGGAGGGGAAAACGUCAAGUCUAUCAACCAACAGACUGGUGCAUUUGUUGAAAUAUCUCGUCAGCCACCUCCAAACGGUGACCCAAACUUCAAAUUGUUCAUCAUCCGAGGGUCCCCACAACAGAUUGACCAUGCGAAGCAGCUCAUAGAAGAAAAGAUCGAGGCUCCAUUGUGUCCAGUGGGUGGUAGUCCUGGCCCCGGAGGCCCAGGGGGUCCGAUGGGUCCCUAUAACCCCAAUCCAUAUAAUCCAGGCCCUCCUGGAGGUGCUCCCCAUGGAGCUGCACCUGGGGGCCCCCAGUACUGUCCUCAGGGUUGGGGAAAUAACUAUCAGCAAUGGCAAGCCCCAGGCCCACAUGACCCAAAUAAAGCAGCAGCAGCAGACCCGAACGCAGCAUGGGCAGCAUACUAUGCACAAUAUUAUGGACAGCAGCCAGGGGGUGCCAUGCCAGGCCAGGCUCCAGGAGCUGCCCCAGCAGCAGCACCUGGAGACCAGAGCCAAGCAGCACAGGCCCCAGGAGGUCAGCCAGACUACACCAAGGCUUGGGAGGAGUACUACAAGAAGAUGGGCAUGGCUCAGCCAGCUGGAGGAGCAGCGGCAGCUGCUCCAGUUGCCGCCCCAGCAGCAGCGGCAGUGGCAGGAGGAGGAGCGGCAGCUGGAGGCCAGCAGGACUACAGUGCAGCCUGGGCGGAGUACUACAGACAGCAGGCUGCCUAUUAUGGACAGGGAGGGCAGGCACCUGGACAGCCAGGUGGUCCACAGCAGGGACAACAGGGCCAGUAAACAGUGGUUUGGUCCGUUGGACGGCUGCGAUGGUUCUCUGGACUUGUUUGUUUUUCCUGUCAAG